GCUCCGAAACAAGUAACCGAGUUUCAUAACCCUUGAGCUCUUCGUUCCGUUCUUUCACGCUCCUGGAUCGUGCCGAUCUCGCAGGUACGUUAUUCACCGUUUCCUUCGUGCUUUUUUCCUUCGAAUCUGCUCUUCGAAACUAGGAUUAUAGCUCCGAUCACAGAUCAAAAAGUUAUUAUAGGUUUCUUAUCCUCUAGAUCUACAAAUCGUCGAAGUUUCAGAGUUUCUGUUCGAAUCGGUUGUGGAAAUCGAUAAUAAGGUUAGUGAAGGUUCAGAUCUCGUUUUAUUAAUCACGAUUCAAUCUCAGCUCUCUGAAUCGUAGCUCAUUUGAUGAUCUUCAGGUCCUCAUAAGCCCUAGAUCUGCAAAUCCACAGAUUAUCAGAGGAUACAAUACUGGAAUUUCGUUCCGUUUCAUGUAAAUCUGUAACCGGAAAAGGAUUUUAGGUGAAAUAGGUUCAGAUCUUAGUACAGGAACAAGAUCUGUUGUUUUUUUUUUCCCUAAAUUUUGAGUCUCUGUGAUCUAGAUCGGUAGAUAAACGGAUUAGGGCUUUCCUAAAAAAUCUCACAUUGUAAAGAGCUCGAAGGAUUGAAAAAUCUGCUCGGGCACCAUCAUAUCUUUAGUUCUGAUUGUUGUCAUUCUAAGCUUUUAGAUCAGAUCUGUAAACUGCCGCUCGUCUUUUACUCGUCCGACAAUGUGGAGAUUCAAGCAGUUCAUGCCCAAAGAACAAACUGGCCUGGAAGGCCGCACAAUCGAUAUCGGUAAUCUAAAGGUUCAUGUCCGGAAUGCGAUUGCCGAAGGAGGUUUCUCUUGUGUUUAUCUUGCACGUGAUGUGGGUCCUUCAUCGAAGCAGUAUGCUUUGAAGCACAUGAUAUGUAACGAUGAGGAAUCAUUGGAUCUGGUGAAGAAGGAGGUUUCAGUGAUGAAGUUGCUUAAGGGGCAUCCCAAUGUUGUCACACUCCAGGCCCAUUCUAUUGUAGAUAUGGGAAGGACAAAGGAAGCAUUUCUUGUGAUGGAUUUCUGUGAAAAGUCUCUGGUUAGUUUGCUGGAGAACAGAGGAGCAGGAUAUUUUGAGGAAAAGCAAGUCCUAUUAAUUUUCAGGGAUGUAUGCAAUGCAGUAUUUGCAAUGCAUUCCCAUUCACCAUCGAUUGCUCAUAGAGAUCUAAAAGUUGAGAAUGUCUUAUUGGGACCUGAUGGAGCAUGGAAACUGUGUGAUUUUGGUAGCAUUUCAACCAAUCACAAGCGCUUUGACAGGGCUGAAGAGAUGGGUAUUGAAGAAGACAAUAUCAGGAAGCAUACAACGCCUGCCUACAGAGCUCCAGAGAUGUGGGAUCUGUUCAGAAGAGAAAUUCUAAGCGAGAAGGUAGACAUCUGGGCCCUUGGAUGCCUUCUGUACAGGAUCUGCUACCUCAAAUCUGCAUUCGAUGGGGAAUCAAAGCUACAAAUUCUGAAUGGAAAUUAUCGCAUUCCAGAUUUACCAAGAUACAGUUCCUCCAUAACAGACUUGAUCAAGGACAUGCUUAAAGGCUCGCCAGAUACCAGACCAGACAUCACGCAGGUGUGGUUUCGUGUUAACGAGCAAUUGCAUAUAGAGUUGCAGAAGCAGAUGCCAGAUGGGCUGACAUCAACGGUGGCAGCUGACAUGCAGCUGCCAAAUACAGGCGCACAUGAUGAAGUUCCUUUGAAGAGGACUCCUCCUAGAAGGACCCCUCCACCCCCACCUUCCUCUGGAGAGCAGGUUCGAGAUGGAUUCCCAUCGUCCUCAUCUGUGAAGGAACCACAGCACUCAAGACCAUCUCAGGGCACUUCAAAGGCAGCUGGAGGUGGAGCUCCCUUGGGUGCUUUUUGGUCCACCCAGCAUGCAAUGGAUGCGGUGGUCGGCGAGGAGAAAGGUCCCAUAUUCGAUGAAGAACCUGCUACUAGUGAAGGCACAUUGAAAAGCAAUCGUCGGAGCCCAGAAAACCACCACCAUGUGGACAGUGCUAGCCCUCCCAAAGGUCACCACAUCAAAGCUGGGCAUCAGCAACCCAAGAAGAGCGUGCAUGGGAACUCCAAGCAAUAUGAUGAUGGCCCUUCUAAGGACUUCGAAAUAAGAUUCUUCCCAGAGGAUGCAGACCGCGGUUCUGAGAAAACAAAAGCAUCAAAUCCUGCAAAUGUAGGAAUGUUUCAGAAUGAGGCGUUCAACACUUUUGUUGCUGAAUUCGAUAGCAGCAAGCUCAACUCCGGGAAUGGUAGUAGAUCAGGGAAGGAAGAUUUAGAAGCAGAAGUCGAAAGGCUGAAAGAACAGCUGAAGGUAGCUAACUUGGAAAAGGCUGAAAUAACAUCCAAAUAUGAAAAGCUGUCAGCCAUUUGCCGUUCUCAGCGGCAGGAGAUCCAGGAGCUAAAGAAUGCGCUUGCUGCCAGGACCCCAUCACCAAACAAAGAUAGUUCAAAGAUCCAGAACUCUCCUGGAAGUCGGCAGUCUGGCACCCAGCCAAGGGAGAAAAUCGAAGGAUCCGUCUGGGAACUCCAGCAAGGGAUGUUUACAAACAGUUCAACCAUGCCUGGGUCAGACUCCAAGACAUGGAAGGCUUUCAGUGAUGAGCCAAAAGCAGAGCAGCCCAUCUCGAAGAACAGCCAACCCAGAUCUGUCCGCACGACAAAUGGACACCAGAACAAACAGGCAAUCUCAAGCUCCAGCACCUGGGAUUUUGGCCAAGAUAGUUUUACAGCAAUCCCUGCUAGCCCUCAGAUAUCCCGGGCUUCUGAUCAAGUUAGUAACUCUCAGCGAUUUGGCAACCAGAAAACAGUGGAAACAAAGCAGGCCUCUCAGCCAGCUGGAUGGGCUGGUUUCUAAGCCCCAGAAAAUCAAAGGAUGGUUUGCCGGGGCCACGACUCUGUUUGCAUCCGAACAGCCCCUCAGUGUCUUGAAGAUAAAAGCCACUGUAUUUUUGCAUCUCCUCCACUGUCCCAGUGGGUGAUGAUAGUAUAUGGCGGGUCCCACACCUCACUGUUCCUAGUUGUCUCCUCCCUAGAGGACCAGGCCAUCUUCACUGGCAUUUUAUGGAAAAGGUCACCGAACCUGUGGAGAUCAGAGUGCUCGCCUGAUUUAUUUUUUAGUCUUUUAAGACAUGCAGCGCGGACACCGACGGCUAAGCGCAUCGAGACCUUUACAAGCACUUAAUUGCAUUUGGAUUUGUUUGCCUCAACAUCACCUAUCUGGACCCUCCAUUAUACCUGAUUUUAUCCUGGGAGGCUUGAAAAAAUCAUACUGAAGUGAUCAGGUAAUCCAAACAUGUUUCAGUGGCAUGCAAAAUUGGAUGGACAAGAUUGUUCUCAGGAAAUCAGUCCAGCUGCGGAUGCCUAGGAGUAGCGUAUUGAUGUGAGUUUUGUCUUGUAGUGGACAGAGUGUAGACUACACCUACUGGACGGUUCAGAUGAGUGAUAUGGAUGACACUGAGUCCACCACGCGAAACUAGGCGCAUGGGAUAGUUUCAAUGCGCUAAACCCACUUACCAUGACUGAAACUUUCACCUGGAUAAAAUUUUAUUCAACUGCCAUGUGGGUCCACCGUGUUGUGACUCAAUCAGUAGGUGGGCCACACAAUAGAAAAACAAUAGAAGAAAAAGCUUUACCUGUUGCUUGUAGUGCUUUUGGCUUGAUCUCUUCGGCUCUUCCCAUCUCUGCACGUCCCCCUGUCAUCGACACGUUGCAAAUAAGUCCCAUCGCCUCUAUCCUCGUUCCUUUCUCAUACACACAUCACCUAUGGGUCACACAUU